ACGGACAUCAAACGCAUCAACGGCAUUCCCGAAAUCCCUGGGGCGGUGCCCAUCUGCGUGCAUCUGCUCAAGCUCGGCGAGGAUCAUGCGUCCACGUGCGAGAGAUGGUGGCGUCAGUACAACCAUCCUGUAUUCCAAAUCAGGUUCGGCAACACUCGAGCCGUGGUGUUCAACUCCUUCGAUGCCUGCCGCGACAUCCUGGUGAAACACCACAGCGCCGUCAUUGAUCGUCCAAAGCUAUACACUUUUCACGGUGUGAUCAAUAGCACACAAGGCUUCACGAUCGGGAGCAGCCCGUGGGUUGCCAGCAGCAAGAACAAGCGAAAAGCCGCUGGUACCGCUCUGGCCCGUCCGGCCUUGCGUGACUACCAUCCAAUGUUCGAUCUGGAGAGUUUCUGCAUCGUCCGCGACAUGCACGCCGACAGCGAUUGUUCAAACCCACAGAAAGAAGUCAGCAUACGGCCUUACAUCCAGCGGUACGCUCUCAACACGACCUUGACGCUCUGCUACGGCAUUCGGAUGAACGACAUCUACGAUGAAUUGCUUCGAGAGAUUCUGCACGUUGGCUCAGCGAUCUUUCUGCUCCGCAGUGCAUCUGAGAAUCUGCAGGACUACAUCCCGGCACUGUGCUAUCUUCCCAACAACGAGUCCAAGGAGCUCAGAGAUCGUCGCGACGCUUAUCUCGACUUGCUGCUGAACGAAGUCUGUGAGAUGAUCAAGCAGGGCGUGGACAAGCCUUGCAUCAGUGCAGCAAUCUUGAAGGAUGAAGAAACCAAGUUGGCUGGGGUUGAAGUAUCUUCAAUCUGCCUUUCUCUGGUCAGCGGCGGAUUUGAAACCAUUCCCGGUACUCUC